AUGCAGAGCACAGACCUGAGCAACAAAGAGAGCGGCAAGAUAUGGCACCGCAAGCCAAACCCCGCCGCUCGGGACGGAAUUAUAGUGAACAUCAUUCACAGCACUUCUGAUUAUCUUCCAAAAGUUUUGCGAUUUUUGAAUGUGGCUUUUGAUAGCUCAGGUGAUUGCUUAAUUGCUGGGGACCAUCAAGGAAAUAUGUAUGCCAUCACUACUUCUUCUGAUACCGCACAGCUCUGGGACUUGGAUACCUUUCAGAGAAAAAGAAAGCUGAAUAUUCGCCAGUCUGUGGGUAUACAGAAGGUUUUCUUUCUGCCGUUAAGUAAUACCAUCCUCAGCUGUUUUAAAGAUAAUUCCGUCUUUGCCUGGGAGUGUGAUACUCUCUUUUGCAAGUAUCAAUUGCCAGCUCCACCUGAAAGCUCGAGUAUAUUAUACAAAGUGUUUGCUGUGACCAGAGAUGGUCGAAUCCUAGCUGCUGGAGGCAAAUCAAAUCAUCUUCAUCUGUGGUGCUUGGAAGCUAAACAGCUGUUUAGCAUCAUCCAGAUGCCUACUAAAGUCCGAGCCAUUCGCCAUCUGGAAUUUCUUCCUGAUGGUUUCGAUGCUGGUUCUAACCAGGUUCUUGGAGUGCUAAGUCAAGAUGGUAUUAUGAGAUUUAUCAAUAUACAGACUUGUAAACUUCUCUUUGAAAUUGGGAGCCUUGACGAGGGAAUUAGCUCAUCAGUAAUCAGUCCACAUGGACGGUACAUUGCAUCUAUUAUGGAAAAUGGAAGUCUGAACAUAUAUUCAGUUCAGGCUUUAACUCAGGAAAUAAAUAAGCCACCUCCUCCUUUAGUGAAAGUGAUUGAAGAUUUGCCCAAGAGCAAACUGAACUCCAGUGAUCUUAAGAUGAAAGUAACAUCAGGAAGGGUGCAGCGGCCAACAAAAUCAAGGGAAAGCAAAAUACAAACGAGAAUAUUAAAACAAGACCUGACUGGUAAUUUUGAAAAUAAAGAGAAUGAAUUGUCAGAUGGAUUAAACAAAAAGCGCCUACAAAUCUUAUUAAAAGGCUAUGGUGAAUAUCCAAUGAAAUAUAGAAUGUUCAUUUGGCGCUCUCUGCUACAACUGCCUGAAAAUCAUACUGCAUUUAGUAGCCUAGUAGAUAAGGGUGUUCAUGUGGCGUUUCUCAACCUUCAGAAGAAAUACCCCAUCAAAAGUCGGAGACUGCUCAGAGUAUUACAGAGAACUCUAUCCGCAUUAGCUCACUGGUCUGCCAUCUUUAGUGACACGCCGUAUCUUCCACUCUUGGCAUUUCCGUUCGUAAAAUUAUUCCAGAACAAUCAACUCAUUUGCUUUGAAGUUAUUGCUACUCUCAUAGUCAAUUGGUGUCAACACUGGUUUGAAUAUUUUCCUAAUCCUCCUAUCAAUAUUCUUAGUAUGAUAGAAAAUGUUUUGGCAUUUCAUGACAAAGAGCUGUUGCAACACUUCAUGGAUCGUGAUAUAACUUCCCAGCUGUAUGCAUGGCCUCUUCUUGAAACUUUGUUCUCAGAAGUACUGACAAGAGAGGAGUGGCUGAAAUUAUUUGAUAAUGUCUUCUCCAACCAUCCUUCAUUCCUCCUGAUGGCUGUUGUCGCCUACAACAUAUGUUCCAGAGCCCCUUUGCUCAACUGUAAUCUUAAAGAUGAUUUCGAGUAUUUUUUUCACCAUCGGAACAAUCUAGAUAUAACUGUUGUAAUUCGAGAAGUUUACCACCUUGUGGAUACCACACCUACUGAUAUUCAUCCAGAGAGCAUGCUUGAUGUUUUUGUCGCACUGACAAAAGGGCAAUAUCCAGUAUUUAAUCAGUAUCCGAAGUUUAUUGUGGAUUAUCAGACACAGGAACGAGAAAGAAUAAGGAAUGAUGAAUUGGAUUACCUAAGAGAGAGGCAGACGGUUGAAGAUAUGCAAGCUGAAGUAGACCAGCAAAGAGCUGAAGAUGAAGCUUGGUACCAAAAGCAAGAACUGCUUCGUAAAGCUGAAGAAACAAGAAGAGAAAUUCUGUUUCGAGAAGAAGAGAAGAUGCUGGAACAAAGACAGAGACUGGCUGCUGUGAAGAGAGAGCUGAAAAGAAAGGAAAUACACUUACAAGAUGCUGCAAGAAGGCGUUUUCUGAAGCAACAGCAAGACCAACGUGAAAUGGAACUAAGAAGACUGGAUGAUGAAAUUGAAAGAAAGGUAUAUAUGAGAGAUCAAGAAAUUGCUGCCACAGCCAAAGAUCUAGAAAUGAGAAACCUGGAACUCGAAUCGCAAACGAGACUUUUUGAGAAGAAACUUAAUAGAAACCAAGAAGCUGUUGCCAAAGAAAUGAGAGAAGAUACGGAUGCCUACAGACGAAAAGUGGAUCUUGAAGAACAUGUGUUCCAUAAACUCUUAGAAACAGAUCAAGCUCAGAGCCUAAAAGCUCAGAAGAUAAUUGAAGAAAAUUUGGCAAAUGCUGAACAAGCAUGCAUAGAUGCUGACUGGCGACUUCAAGCUUUACAUACACAAAGAUGUGAUGCUCUACAACGAAAUGAACGUUACCAGGAAGUAGCCAAACUCCUUCGGAAUAACAGAAGGAAAGAAAUGGAGGUAUUAAAUGCAGCGAUGGAGGCGGAAGCUAAAAAGUGGGAGGAAGCUGAAGAAAAAGAGUUUCAUCUGAGAUCAGAAAAGAGAGCUUCUGCUCUUUCAGAUGCAUCUAGAAGGUGGUUUUUAGAGCAGGAGCUAAGUGAUGCUUUAGAACAUGCUGAAAAUCCAUGUUGUGAAGUUUCUUUAAAUCGAAGAAAACUAGACUGGGACACCACAGAACAAGAUCUUCUGGAGAAAGUGAGAAAUCUUCGCCAGAGACUUACUGCUCAGGCUCGUAGCAGAUGUCAACCCCCUCAUGUUUUGGCUACGUAGGAGGCGUAUCACCUGGAGACAGUGAGAGAGACCCACUUUGCAAUCACUGACACUGAUUUUUAGAUUAUUUAUUUUAAAUUCCUGUUAAGAUUAGCUUUUGUAUAGAAAAAAAAGUAUCAUAACAAUUAUGUGUUCCAUUUAAUUCUGAUGCUUUUUGGCUUGUAAAUAGCUUCUUAUACUUUUCGCAAUAAAAUUUUUUUUGAAAUAUUAAAACUCGUAUAAGCUCUUCCAGGUGGCAAGGACCAGUAUAAACGUCAGUACGUUCCGUAGAGGAAGGUUUAUUUGAAAGAUAAAUGGAGAAAUAAAGAACCAUCUCAACAAGUAUACAACCUGGACUGAGAGAAGCCUGGGCACUAACAAUGUGGAUUGGCCUAAACUACAGUCUUCCUAUUCUCCUAGCGGCAGGACCUACUCUCAAUGAUCCCACUGUCCUCCUACCAUCGGCGUCUCUACCACGGCUGCUCCAGCUUCUCCCGUCAGUCUGCCUGCUUCUCCAGACACACUCGCUUUCCAUGCCUCUUAAGACCACCAGCGCUGCCAAAGACUUCAGCACCUUAGGCAAAUAACUUACCCUCACCGUUUCUGCAAGGACGGUAGAAGUAGCUCAUGGACUCAAUGUAAGGGUUAAAUAAGAUAAUGUAUACAAAGUUCCUGGUCCAGUGUUUGGCAUAUAGUAAGUGUGCAGUACUUAGUGGGAGUGACUUUUUUGGGGAUCACAAAGCAUUAUGGUGAACCAAGUACUUUGAGUAAGAAAAGCGCUCACUUUAGUCCCGUAAGCAACGUCCUAAAAUGCCAGACCGUCAGCCUGAUUUUCUGUAUGUUCUCAGGGAAUUACAAACAUAUGCCUUCACGGGCCAGCAGGUGUGUGUUUGGUGGGGAAUUACAGGAGAUAAAAUAUUAUAUAGGGUGAGAUGGGAGGUUUGCUGAGCUACAAAUUGCUUGUUCACCUAAAAGCAUCCAAAUGCUAAAAUACUGUGAAUCUGCAGCUACAAUCAGCUGUGUAUUGCCAGUUCUUGACUUCUACUUUAGGUUUUUUACUAGAAUUUACUCCUACUCAGAUUGAUUUUGAAACCCCUCCCACACACAAAAAAUAAAUAACAGUUCAUAGUAUUGCAGUGGCUCAUUUUUUUAAAAAAAAAAAACUGAAAAGCAAGUUAUUAAUAA